GUAAAAGCCGCCCUUCCUCCCGCUGAAGUAGCACCGCAGGGUCGUGCAGACGUAAACUCAGCACAGCCCUGAUUACUUUUAGAAUUUACCUUAACUAUUCUUAAAUAUAAAAUGGAGAAUAUACACCGUAUUAAAAAUGAGGUCUCCCUUUCGCUACCUUCACUUCGGCUUUUCAUACCUCCAUUGCGCUUGAUGUCUUCAGCUAUGUGGCAUGUUGUCCAAGAGGGGAACGUACAUGGUUAUGGCAUGGUGGAAGACUUCAUAAACAGUGUCACAGAGAUAGUCCCUGAGUUGUUGAGCACAGAUCAGAGGACUCAGCUACUGCUUGCUCUCCGUGCCAGGGUUGUUCUUGAAAUGUGCAGAGGUGACCACAUUACAAACGCUGAAUAUAUUGAAAUGCACCUAGAGCAGAUAAAAAAACUUGUAUCUGCUUGGGCGGCACAGCCAUGUUUUGCAGAACUUGUGUUCCCAGAAUCCACUUUUAUUGAUCAAGUACAGCUGCUGUUGAAACAUCCUUCUGAAAAAGAGAAAUUUUUCAAAGAUGUUUUCCCUCUUGAAUUUGGACCAGACUUUGAUAGUGCACUACAAGUCUUAAUGUUGGACUUUUUAACUAGAUUAGAGAAGCUCUUUCCAAUACCAGACAUCCAGCAGACAACAUCUAUUCUUUGUGCGGUCCCAUCUGCCUUGGAGGAGUGUCUCCACUCAGUCCCUGACCCCGAGCAUUUAAAAAUGUUCUUCAGUACCAUGCUGCACUUGGACACUUGGAUUUAACCGAUGAGACUCAGACCAUUACUUCAUCAUUUGGAAACUGCAUUCUCUCCUCCCUCUCUCUUCCUCAAGUGGAAAAAGUGGUAAUAGAUGCUGAUCAAAUACAGUUGCAAUCUUCACCUGAGCAAAUGCAAGGUUGUGUGACAGUUCAAGUGGAAGGACAAACUGUAACACUUUUGGACUACAUACAAAUUGAACAGCCACUGAUUGAGCCUGAAGAUCAGGAGGAAUCUGUAAAUGAUCAAGGAACUACUGUGAUAGCCAAGUCAGAUGUGGAGGAUGAUGACACCUUAAAGCCAGCUCCAUUUCAACCUCUAAAACAAACCAAACAUGUGGAAGUAAAAAAUGAAUCUUCACAAACUUCUAGGAGACAAAGAAAGAAAUUCCCCUGUAACAAAACCUGCCCCAUCUGUGAAAAGUCUUUCUUGCGUGCAGCAGCCAUGAGACGACACCUAGAAACCCAUUCAGAAAACAGAGAACUCAAGUACAAAUGUAACAAUUGUGACAAAAGAUUUAGGGACCAAUAUGACAUGACACGACACAACAUGCGUGUCCAUGAAAAGGAAGAUGUGGGUAGCCCACCAACUGCAGAGGAUUCUGUAGAUCCUAACACAUCUGAGAACAAGCAUUGUGCUUUGUGUGGCAAAUAUUUUGCCCGUUAUGUAGACAUGGAACGACAUAUGACAUCUCAUUCAGAUGACCGGCCAUAUAGCUGUUUGUUUUGUAAAAAGAAAUUUAAAAAUCCAUAUAUCUUAAAGAGGCAUCAGAGCAAAAUAUGCAAAAACAGAGACAUGCAAAAGCCUAUUACAGUGAAAAAGAAGGAAAAGCCAAAUCAGCUGUUAACUCCAGAGGGGUCAGCCGAAGGCAAAACAUGUCCUAUCUGCAGCAGGGUCCUACCGUGCACUGCAGACAUGGCUAAGCAUUUAAGAUCACAUACUGAAGAACGGCCAUUUAUUUGUGUUACUUGUGAAAAGGGCUUUAAGUACAGGGAUACAUUAAAGAAACAUCAGAUUAUUCAUGGACAUGAAGGUAUUCGGGAAGAAGAAAGCAAGUCAGUCGAACAGAUUUUGGCUGAAGCAGAUUCACCGAGUUGCACUGAAACUGGUGAUCAAAAAGAAAACAUUCUUGAUGUGGCUACAGCUCCUCAAGAACUGCAUUCUCCUCAAAUAAGAACAAGACUAAAACAAAGUAAAGUUUGUCCUGUGUGUUUACGGACAUUUGAUAGUAUUAAGACUUUUAACAGGCAUCUGCAGUGCCACACAGAUGACCGCCCGUAUCAUUGUGUACACUGCAAGAAGCGAUUUAAACAUAUGCAUGGGCUAAAACGACACCAAGUUUAUGCUGUUUGUCACAAGAAAAUGACUAGAUUCUUGUGGAAAAAGGAAUCUAGAGUAGGGGUCAGUGACAGUACAAGUUCUGAUUCUCAACAGGGCACAUCAAAUAAGAUACCUGUGUGGUGCUCAAACUGUGGCAAACACUUUGAAUGUCUUUCUGCUUUAAAGGAACAUCAGGAAAAAGUGUGCAAACUGGAUAUGAGAGAAAUUCUGAAAUGUGAGAAGUGUGACAAAGAGUUCAAAAGUAUGACACUGCUCAAAGUCCAUCAAAGAAUACAUGACCCACUUUACUGCAAAGAGUGUGGCAAAAUAAUGGCCAAUGAGGCUGCCUUUGAGAGGCACAAGUUGAUGCACAGACCAAUGCAGUGCACUAUGUGUGACAAGUCAUUUACUUUGCUCAGACGUUUACGGGAGCACUACGAGAAGCAGCACAACUUUACAGGGCCAUAUCCCUGUGGCCAGUGUGAUAAAAGCUUCAUGCAGCUAACUUACCUAGCUGUUCAUGGGAGGAUCCACCAAGGAGAAUUUCCAUAUGCAUGUGAUUUAUGCCCUGAGAAGUUCAGGUCCUCCAAUUGUUUGACAGUGCAUCAGAGGAAGCAUACUGGGGAGAAGCCCUUCUUGUGCUGGCAGUGUGGGAAGUGUUACCGCUCCGCCUCAGAACUCACGGUUCACAUGGGCACACACUCUGAGGAGAGGCCUUGGACCUGCACACAGUGUGACAUGGCCUACCGCACAAAGCAGCAGCUCACCAACCAUGUAGAGCAAGUGCACAUUGGUUUGAGGUACCCCUGCAAAGACUGUGGAAAACAGUUCAUGAAGGAGACCUCUUUGAAGAGGCAUGAGCUGAUCCACAGCGGAGAGCGGCCGCACCAGUGCACAGUGUGUGGCAAAACUUUCCUCACGGCCAACGAGCUGCGGCUCCACACCCGGUACCACACAGGGGAGCGGCCGUACAAGUGCGAGGUGUGUGGGAAGGCAUUUAUACAGUCUGGGUAUCUGAAGUCACACAUGCGAAUUCACACAGGCGAAAAGCCAUUUAAAUGUGACAUUUGUGAAAAGGGCUUUAGGCUCUCCUAUCACAUGAAGAAACACAGAAGAACACACGCUGGAAAAGGAAAGGGCUUUCUGUGCGAGGAUUGUGGAACAACAUUCCUCCAAAAGAAUGCCCUUUGGGAGCAUUCUCUGACUCACAAUGUCAAACUAGAAACAUUUACUGAGGAAGUAAGCAUAGAUUUUGAAUGAGAGAUUUUUGUUCAUGUUCUUUUUUUAUAGCUUCGUGGGGGAUGUAGCUGUUGUUUUCUGUUCACUGCUGCUGUUGUAUUUUUUAUUUUGAAUAUGAUAUUGGGGGCACUGCUACUUAUGUUCUUCCAAUGGCAAAGAAUUAAAAGGAAAUAUAUAUGUAA